GAGGUUCAAACUGUGGGUAGAAGUGGUAGUUUUUUCUAUAAAUCAGAGGACAGUAAAUACUUUAUAAAAACAAUUCCAUCAAGCGAGUAUAACACAUUCACUAAAUUAUUUCCAUCAUAUUAUCAACACAUUAAAAAAUAUCCAAAUUCUUUGCUUCCAAGAUUCAUGGGAGUAUAUCGUUUAAAAUUAAGUGGUGCUUCCUAUUAUAGUAGUGCCCAUAGAGAUAUCAUAUUCGUUGUAAUGGCCAAUCUUUUCUAUUCUGAACAAAAGUUGGAAAUUAAAGAAAAAUAUGAUUUAAAAGGUUCAACAAUAGGUAGAUAUGUUGAUGAUUUAACAUUCAAAGAUUUAAAUUUAAAAAGAAAGAUUCAUUUGGGUAAAUUAAAAAAAGUAUUUAUACAACAGUUAUCAAUCGACUCUGAAUGGAUGUGCAGCCAUGGUAUAUGUGAUUAUAGUUUAUUGGUUGGUUUACAUUUAAGUGACAAGAAAUCAAUUCAAACUCUUAAAGAAUCUCAAGGUCCAAAGUCACUUGAGAAAAAGGAUAUAUCCUAUUUCAAAAAGGAUUUUAAUGGUAUUGUUGAAAGUACUCAUACCCCUCCACAACCACCACCAUUAUCAACUUCAAAUAUAAUUUAUGGAUCGAAUACAGAAGAAAGUGAUGGAGAUAUAGUUUAUUAUUUAGGUUUAAUUGAUAUUUUAACAACUUAUAAUUUAAAAAAGCGUGGUGAAAAUGCUUUAAAAGGAAUGUUAUUUGAUAGAGUAAGUUUAAUAUUAAAUUUAAUUUUUUUUUUUUAA